AUGUGCACGGCUUCCUCCCCCGUUUUAGAUCUUCCCCGUUUUUUUAAGUUAACUUGUAAGCAACUAGAAGUUAAAUUUCCCGUUUCCGAUAGCGUUUGGUUUACUUUAGAUCAGUUGUCAAAAGACUUUUCUGUUCUUGAGGAAGAGGCACUUUCUGAGCUGGAUGCACACAAUCGCUUGAAAGUUUUAAACACUUGUAAUAAAGUUUAUCAAGUUUUGCUUGAAAACAAUUAUAUAUCAAAGACCGACCGAAUUCCUCAUUUGUACGCAAGCAGUACUUUUUUCGAGUCUCUUUCUCGAGGCGAGAGCACUCUCUUUAGUGUUUUUGGUGGUCAAGGCGUGCAGGGCCUUAUUGAGGAACUGCGACAAGUAUACACUUAUUACCCGGUGACGCGCUCGUUUAUAGAAGACAUGUGCCAUGUUUUAUUGGCGUGUUCCCGGCAACCUGAAGUUGAGCCGCUUGGUUUUUUUUCGCGGGGAAUGGAUGUUUUCAAAUGGCUUACCGAUCCUCUUAGCCUUCCCUCUGAGGACUAUUUAACUACCUGCUUUGUGAGCGCUCCGCUGAUCGCUCUCGUGCAGCUCGCCAAUUACUACUUGUUCAUCAAACUUUUAAACAUUUCUCCUGGUGAAAUGCUUAAACACACUCUCGGUUUAACUGGUCACAGCCAGGGGCUUGCCUCCGCUGUGGCCGUGGGUUCCUCUGCUACUUUGGAAGAUUUUCACACCAACUCCUUUAGAGUGCUUAAGCUCUUGUUUUGGAUUGGCUUUAGGGGUCGCCAGGUCUACCCGCCUCCCAAAACCCCUCCCGCUUCAUUAGGCAGCGCAUUGCAGCAUCUUUCAGAGCCCACUCCCAUGCUAGCCAUAAUGAACCUUCCUGUGGCCGACGUAGAACGCCGGUUGAGGGAGAUUAAUGCUCAUCUGCCGGAAACUCAUCGAAUAUACCUCUCCUUAAUAAACGGGCCAAUGUCUGUUGUUCUCUCUGGCCAUCCCCAAUUGCUCCACGGGUUCCUUGCCUCUAUUGAAGAGCUUCUUACGGUGGACGAAAGCGGCUUCCACAGAAUGCCCUUCUCUCAGCGUAGGGCUAAGGUUACUGCCAAAUACCUACCCUGCCAGCUUCCUUUCCACUCCCCGUACGUACUACCUGCAGUUCGGCUAGUGGAUCAAGACAUUGAGAGGGAGGGCCUUCAUUGGCCCUCAUCCCUUCUACUGCCAGUAUACAGUACCGAAGAUGGUACCGAUCUGCGUGGCUCAGCGGACUUGUCCAAAGAGCUUGUCCGUCUAAUUUCGGUUUGCCCCGUAAAUUGGCCGAAAGCAACUUCGGUCACGGCGACGCAUAUCUUUGACUUUGGCCCUGGCGGGCUUGCUGGCAUUGGUGCUAUUAUUUCCCGCAGGAAAUAUGGGGAUGGCGCUUGUGUUGUUAUAAUGAGUGCGGAGUCUUCUAUCAAUUCUGAAUUUUUAUCGCGGAAGGAUAUUUUUAGUCUUCGCCAGCUGCCUCUACCCGUAAACUGGAAGCAGGAAUACGCGCCUAAACUCGUAAAACUGGAAAAUGGUGGUGUUCACCAUCUUCACACCAAAAUGAGCCAACUUUUGGGAAAACCGCCCAUCAUGGUAGCAGGAAUGACUCCAACCACAGUGAAUGCACAGUUUGUGGCAGCUUGCACUGAUGCCGGCUACCACGUGGAACUGGCUGGAGGCGGUCACCUCAGCCGUGAGUCGUUAAAAACCGAAAUAGAAGAAGUACUGGAGUCGACUCCUCACGGCACGAUGGUUACGGUAAACAUUUUAUAUUUGAAUAUCAAGCAAUGGAGCUUCCAGUUUCCUUUGGUUUUGCAAAUGAAAAGGGAGAAUUAUCCCAUCGAAGGCAUUUGUAUUGCUGCUGGGGUGCCCAGUCCCGAAAACGCCAGUGAGAUACUCGAGCAGUGCCAGAAAGUGGGACUUAGACACGUGGCCUUCAAACCUGGGACGGCCAGCAGCAUCCGUCAAGUUGUUAAUAUUGCCCUUGCCCACCCGGAAAUGCCGAUUAUGCUUCAGUGGACUGGUGGAAGAGGCGGAGGGCACCACAGCUUCGAAGAUUUCCACCAGCCGAUAUUAAUUACCUAUAAAGAGAUCAGGAAAGCGAAAAAUGUGGUCCUUGUGGCUGGUAGCGGGUUUGGUGACGCUACUGGUUCGUACCCUUACUUAACAGGUGAUUGGAGCAAACGGUACGAGUGCCCUCCCAUGCCUUUUGACGGCGUCCUCUUGGCGUCGCGUGUAAUGGUGGCAAAGGAGGCUAAAACCUCCGCGGCAGUCAAAGAGUAUCUUGCAUACAAGUGCGAAGGUCUUGACUCUGCCGUUGAAAGUGAUUGGGAGAAAUCCUAUAAGGAAGUUGUGGGCGGCAUUACCACGGUUUUAUCGGAACUUGGCGAACCCAUACACAAAGUCGCCACCCGCGCAGUCCUUCUCUGGAAGGAAUUGGACGACACCGUAUUUGCUCUACCUAAGAAGGACCAGCUAAAGAUUCUUUUGGACAAAAAAGAAUAUGUGAUAUCCCGAUUGAAUAAGGACGGACACAAAGUUUACUUCGGCAAGAAAAAGGACGGGAGUGUAGUGGAUGUCGACCAGAUGACCUACUCGGAGGUCAUUCUUAGACUUCUCGAGCUUUUAUACGUCCCGAGUAAACAACGCUGGAUCCAUCCGUCCUACGUCUCUAUAGUGGUCGACAUGAUAUGCAGAACAGCGAAUCGUUUGGGCGGUCAUGUGGACACUGCGCAAGUUUUGGCCCUGCUAAAGAGAAACGAAUAUAACGAAUCCAUAUUACUGCAAAAUGUCUUGGGACUCCUGGCGAACAUUCCAUUGGCGGAUGUGCAAUUAAUAAACCCGCAGGAUGUAGAUUUUUUUCUAGCAUUGGUUAAAAGACGAGGCCAGAAACCAGUUCCCUUCAUUCCGGUAAUUGAUGAAGAUUUCAAGUUUCAUUAUAAAAAGGACAGUUUGUGGCAGUCCGAAAAUCUUGAGUGCGUUUUCGGUGAAGAUGUAGAGCGCGUCUGCAUCUUACAGGGGCCCGUGGCAGCGAGGUAUAGUCGCGUCCCCGACCAACCUGUCAAAGAGAUUCUUGAUGAAAUAUACCAGGGACUCAUUGCAUUGGCUGCUCAAAGCAAGUCAUCCUAUAAGAGUAGUGUUGUCCAACUUCUGGGGGGGACUCCCAUAGCCAAACCGCCUCUUCAGCCCAUAAACCGCACUUUCAAUACUUCUCGCGGUGCUGAUUUUAUUAGCUUCACAUUUCCCGCACGCUCCACCGAAGAUCUACCUCUUGUUGAAUGGCUGAACUUUCUUGCCUUAGAAAUCAAUAGUUGGAGUGGUGCAGCGCACACAUGGUUAAGCGUGCUGCUCUUGAAUCCGGAUAUUGUCAGACAAACGCGCAGAAUUCCCAACUACGUAGCAGAGCUCUUUGCUCCCCGCCCAGAGCUGACAGUCAUUAUUAAGUUUGCUGGUAAUGCCCUGCCUAAGAGCGUAGAGUUGUUUGACGGCCAACUUGGGGCGGCCUGGCGGGAAAAAAGCGCUCCUGUCUUCACUGUCGUCUACGAUGAGAAUGAAGAGGUUAUGCACGUUGUUUUCAAUGAGUUGUGCGAGUGUUAUGGCCCUCUUAUUGGUUCCCCAGCUAAAAGAAGUUCUUCUUUGAAACUACACUUUAAAUAUGCCCCGGUUUGUGGCAAUGCCGUCCUUCAUGAGAUCGUUGCGGGCAAAAACGCGCGUAUCGCUGACUUCUACUCCAUGCUAUGGCUUGGACGACCGUUGUCUGCAGUGCGAGAAAUCUAUAAAGCCGACUUGAGUGAAGAUUACUUUGCUUCAAAAGUCAUGUGCACUUAUCAGAUAACGCAGGAGAAGAUCGACGCCUUUGUUAGGGCUACCGGAGCUUUACCAGAGGCAACCUCCGCGGCGCCCAUCGACUUCGGCUUUGUGGUUGCAUGGGAAGCCUAUACGCUCGCGCUUUUGUCUUUGGAUAUCGAUGCCGAUCUUACUCACAUGCUCCAUUUGUCGGAUUUUUUUAAACGGGAAACUGUGCUUCCAGCGCUUGUUGCUGGCGACACCAUCGAAACUACCGCCGAAAUUUAUAAAGUUCAACAAGGCAUUCACGGCGACAUCACUCUGGACAUUUCCGCUCUUCUUCGGAGCCAACAUCGUAAUAAGAUUGUGCUGCAACUCCGUUCCGAGUUCAUGUACAGAGGAACUGCUGUGUCCGCACACUCUCGUCUGCCAUCAUUUGAAAAGAAGAACGGGCCGGUUUACGAGGUACAGCUGAUCUCCAAGGAGGCUGCAGCAGUUCUGGCGGCUAAACCCUGGGCUCAUUGGGCAGACGGUUAUGAGGUCCAAGCCGGAGACGUGCUGGUCUUCGAGCUGUCCACCGUGCAGCGCGGAGAAGGUAACAAGCGGAGCUACGAAACAACAGGAACAGUGACCCUAAAGACUUUCAUGCAUCCCACAAAAUUGGUUGGUCACGUGGUUUAUAAAGAGGAAAACGUGAUGGUGAAUGCAGUUUUUGGUUAUUUAUCUCGGCAUGGCAGAAACUGUGAAGAGGAAGUCGCCCUUGCGGGUGGCGAGUACUCUCUUUUGGACAACUCCUCCCCUCUUGCAAACCUCGUGGCGCCGGUGGACUGUAGAGGAUACGCGUUGGCAUCUGGCGACACUAACCCCAUUCACGUGAAUCCGUACUUAGCCAGUCUUUCAGACCUCUCCGGUCUGAUUGUUCAUGGUCAUUGGACUUCCACCGCGUGUCGGCACGUGAUAGAGAUGAUAGUCGCCAAUGGGCAAGCAUCCAGGAUCGUUAGUUACGACGUUCAGUUUUUGGGGAUGGUGCUACCCGGGGACCAGCUUAAAGUCAAACUGACCCAUGUGGCCAUGGCAAAUGGCCACAUGGUUAUUCGUUUGGAGGCUGCCAAUCAGAAUGGCGUUCUUGUCCUGCGAGGGGCAGCCGGGGUAGAGCAGCCAACUACAGCUUUUGUUUUCACCGGCCAGGGAGCUCAAAGAAAGGGCAUGGGCAUGGACUUAUACGAGAAGUCGCCGCACGCCAAAAAAGUCUGGGACGCUGCUGAUCGCUACUUUCGCGACCACUAUGGCUUUUCCAUUAUAGAUAUCGUGCGGAAGGAUCCUAAAACUUACCGCGUGCACUUCGGCGGGACGAAGGGAAAUCGGAUUCGGGCGUUGUACAUGUCAUUGACCUGCGACUCUUAUGACGACGAUGGGCAUUUGAAGACUCUUCCACUUUUCCCGAGCAUUACUGAGCACACGCCGUUGUACACUUUCACGCACCCCAUGGGACUUCUGUCAGCGACACAAUUCACGCAGCCCGCCAUGGUCUUGUACGAGCUAGCAGCAUUCGAGGACAUGAAGGCACAUGGCCUUGUUCCCACGGAUGCGUUUUUUGCUGGCCAUAGUCUUGGCGAGUUUGCUGCUCUGGCAGCCUUUGGGAAUUUUUUCCCCUACGACUCGCUGAUGGACGUUGUGUUUUAUAGAGGCAUGACCAUGCGCUCUUCUGUUAAGAGAGAUUCGGAUGGUUUCUCUAAAUUCGGAAUGUUGGCAGUCAAUCCCAGUCUUGUUGGCUCCUUUUUUAAUAAAAAUCGUCUGAGUUAUGUUUGCGGCAUCAUUUCGGAGGCUUCGGGGUUUCUCUUAGAUAUUGUGAAUCACAAUGUUGAGAACUGGCAGUACGUCGUGGCAGGCCACACGGCAGCGCUGGCCACUCUUACUAACGUCUUAAAUCAUCUCAAGCGAAACUGCUUGUGUGUGGCGGAGGUCCCCACCGAUUCGCUGCUGCAUGAACUUGUCGCCACUCACCUGACUGCCAUACGUAGCCUGCCUGGUCGGACACCGCUGGAACGAGGAGUGGCCACCAUCCCGCUAGCUGGGUUGGACGUUCCCUUCCACUCACGCUUUCUGUUGAAUGGGGUCGGUUCCUUUCGGUCGUGUUUGAAGUUGCAUCUUCGAGAGGAGGUCAACUUUGACCUUCUGCUCGGCCGAUAUGUGCCCAACUUAGUCGCUCUGCCUUUUGAAUUGACCACUUCAUUCCUUGAAGCAGUCUUGAAGGCCACCGGCAACAACCCAGAGCUGGCCACUGCUAGAGCACUUAUGCAGAGCGGACGUAUGUCAACGGCUGACAGACAGCGCGUGGGUUAUUGCAUGUUGGUCGAACUUCUGGCCUAUCAGUUCGCUUCUCCGGUGCAGUGGAUAAAAACUCAGGACUUUUUUUUUGGCGUUAAAAACAUUGAGCGCUUCAUUGAGGUUGGACCUGACCCGGUGCUUUCGGGAAUGGCUAGAAGAACAAUAAACUUAAAGUACGUCGAAGGGGACAAAGUGGCGUUGAGGAAGAGAGCCGUCUUGUCCGUGGAGAAAGAUGCCCAUCUCAUCUAUUACAACUUUGCGCCUGCCCCUACAGAUGAAGGCAUCGCCACUGAGAAGAUGGACCCCCCCCUCCCAACCAAAAAGCCCUCUCUACCACUCCAGCCUGCUCCGCCUAUUUCUUCGCCCGCACUUCCAUUAGCGCUGAGUACUCUCCUCAAGACGUUGGUCGCUGCAAAAAUUAAAAGGCGGCCGGAGGACAUCGAUAUGAGCAGUUCCAUCAAAAGUCUCUCCGGCGGGAACAGCACCGUCCAGAACGAGAUUUUGGGUGACCUGAGCGCAGAACUUUCUUUGUCCACUCCUAUUGAAGGUCUGGAAGAUAUACCACUUAGCGAGCUCGACACACGACUGGCCGGCUCAUUUUCGGGAACUUUCGGGAAGAUUUUGAAAAAUAGAGUUUCCCGGCUUUUUUCAUUAAAAUUUCCCGCUGGCCUUUCCGUGCAAAAAAUGUAUGACUAUCUUAGCGUGGAGUACGGCUUGCGGGAAAGCUGCGCCGAUAAUCUCGUGGUUCAGAUUUUGUGGUCCGAACCCAGCGCCCGCUUAAAAGAUGAUACUGCUGCUUACCAGCUUAUUGAUGACUGCGCUUUAAAACUUGGGCUACGCAAGCGUGUGGUCCUAGAAGGUCAAGCGCCAACUACUGUUCUUGGGACUCCCUCUUCGUUUGUGUCCCCACUUGAAGCUGCUUCUAUACCGGACUCUGAAGUCUCGCCAUUGGAGUGCAUCCGAACACUGGUCGCCUUGAAACUUAGGAAAAAGCUCAACGAAGUAUCGCCUUCCAGCACAAUCCAGAUGAUGUCUGGUGGCCGCUCGGCCCUUCAGAACGAACUUCUCAGCGACAUUGAGGCAGAAUUUGGCCGCUCCUUCCGGGAUUCCAGCGACCUGGAAAGCGUGCCGCUUGCGAUCCUUGCUAAGAGCGUAGAGAACUACAAACCCUUCGGGCGUAAGCUCAAGUUGCUUUUCGAGCGUCUUUUUACUUCCAAGUUUCCCGCUGGUCAUAAUAUGAGCUCUACGAGGGCUCUUCUAUCCGAAAAGUACGGCUUCGGGCCCGGAAUGACCAACCAACUCCUGCUGUUCGCGCUAACUUUAGAGCCUACUGAGAGGCUCGUUACUAGUUUGGACGUAGCUAAUUGGCUAGACGCGACUGUGAAAACGUACUCAUCUGUUUAUAAUGUUACGAUUCCCGUUGCUCCGUUUGCGCCACACAUCGCGCCUGCUGACUUGCGUACGCCAAACGGAUACCGUGAGGACGCAAAAAGCCAUCGCGCCAUUUGGGAAGACCAUAUGGCCGCCAUUCAACGGUUUUUUGGCCGAACGGGAAGAGAACAUUAUAAAAUAAUCAAUACGCUUCAAGAAGAGCUCAACAAAUUGGCAGACGAACGGGCCGCUCUCGAUAUGGAACACGGCAGAGCUUAUAUUGAAGGGAUCCAAGGGCUUUUCAGUAAGGAAAAAAUAAGAAGAUACGACAGCUAUUGGAACUGGGCUCGGCAGGAGUUCUAUGAGCUUCAGAACGAAUGCGUGCGUUUGAGCAAAGCUAUACCUCCUGAAAGCUCCUUAAACAUUCAAGAAAAAAAUGCAUCCAUUUUGCUUGUGUGGAACAAAAUUAGCAGAUGCAGGUUGACUCCAGCUCUUCUGAAAGACCUUGCCAGAUUCUUGAAGACCAAUGCCGGCCAGUGGUUUUGUCAGCACGUGCUUUCGCAGGAUCCCAGUUUAGUUCUCCAGCAAGCAGCUGCAAGCGCCAAGCAGCCGGUUCUCAAAGUGGCAGUGACCUCGCUGAAGCCGCAGACUCUCUUUAACUAUAAAGGAAAACCCGUAUACUCGGAGGCCCCUCGCUCGCUGGAUUUUUGUGAUGAAAUCCGUCUGCCUUUCAAUUCUGGAGGGUUCCUUUGUGCAUCUGAGGAGGCCGCUCCCCUCCUGAACUUGCAAGAACAAGGCCCAUGUGGGUGGCGCUACGACAAAGACUUGACUAGUGCGGCCUUCACUUCCAUGACGAGCCUUAAUAGUUAUGGACUCUGCUUGAGAGACAAAGUCGUCCUUGUAACUGGUUGUGGAAAAGGUUCCAUCGGCGAUGCUCUGCUCGAUGCUCUGCUUGAAGCAGGCGGGAAUGUCAUUGUGACCACAAGCUCCUAUAGCCAGCCAACCACGGACAGGUUCCGCCACAAGUACGAACGGCAUGGAGGGCAGGGAAGCUCUUUGACGCUGCUCCCGUUUAACCAAGCCUCCCUACAGGACGUGAAGAGUCUUGUUGCGUUCAUCUACGACGAAUUAGAUGCCGACCCGGACUUUGUGUUCCCCUUCGCAGCUAUUCCCGAGUAUGGGCGGUCCAUCGAUAAUAUUGAUGAUAAAUCCGAGUUGGCUCAUCGAGUCAUGUUAACUAACACGCUUCGUCUUCUUGGUGAAAUUAAAAUAAAGAAAUGUCAGAGGGGCAUGGAUUCCCAUCCGUCUACCGUCUUUCUUCCUUUGUCUCCUAACCAUGGCAUUUUCGGCUUUGAUGGUCUUUAUUCGGAGUCGAAGCUCGGCCUUGAAAGCGUGCUGAGAAAAUGGAGGACAGAGGAUUGGGCUCAGUACUUUGCACUUGUCGGCGCUUGCAUUGGCUGGACUAGAGGCACCACGUUGACGCAAAGCAACAAUAUUGUCUCUGAGGGAGUCGAGUCCCUUGGAGCUCGCACUUUUUCGACACAAGAGAUUGUGUUGUCCCUGCUGUCGCUGAUGAACGAGGACUUAGUGACCAGAGUAUCUCGCUCUCCCGUUUUGGCGGACAUCUCCGGCGGAAUACUUCGAGUUCCUGAUUUUGACCUUAAAAUGAAGCAAAUUCGGCGGCAUAUCGCAGAACAGUCAUCCAUAUUAUCAGCGCUGCACAGGGAGAAGGAAAAAGAAAAAAAUGGGGUUAUGACCAAUACUGAGGAACUUUUAGAGACCACAACCAAUAGACUGGCUAAUAUAAAAAUUGAAUUUCCACGCUUGCUCGACUGGGAAAGCCUGCAGAACGAAUUUGCAACUCCAAAUUUUACUUUGGACUUGGACAGUGUUGUGGUUGUGACGGGUUAUGGCGAAGUGGGACCCUGGGGAAGCUCGCGUACACGUUGGGACAUGGAGGCUUUUGGCGAGUUUUCUCUGGAAGGCUGCGUUGAAAUGGCGUGGAUGAUGGGCUUUAUUAAAUACCACAAUGGCCUGCUUGAGGGCAAAGACUACUCUGGUUGGGUAGACACUGAAAAAAAUACUCCCGUUGGCGAUUACGAGGUUAAGGAGAAGUUUGAGGACAGAAUUCUCUCCCAUGCAGGGAUUCGGUUGAUCGAGCCUGAGCUCUUCGAAGGGUACAACCCUGAACGCAAACAGUUUAUCCAGCAGAUUGUCAUUGAGCGGGAACUUGGCCCUGUAGACUGCUCAAAAGAGGAGGCCGAGCAGUAUUUACUUGAACAUGGCGAGAAAGUCGAUAUCUUUCUGAAUCAGGAGGGUAGCUGGUCGGUAGUUUUCAAGAAGGGUUGCCAGCUUUACAUCCCCAAAGCACUCCGAUUCGACAGAGUGGUGGCAGGCCAGAUCCCGACGGGUUGGGACGCCCGGCGUUACGGUGUGCCGUCCGACCUUGUCGAUCGAUUCGAUCCUGUGACUCUGUACAACUUGGUUUCUACGGUUGAAGCUCUCGUGUGCAGCGGAAUUACUGACCCGUACGAACUUUACGAAUACGUGCACGUCUCCGAAGUCGGCAAUGUGACGGGCAGCAGCGUGGGCGGAGUUAAGUCCAGUGUGCGGGUUUAUAAGGAGAGGUGCAUGGAUCCUCUUUCGAUCCAAAGCGAUAUUUUACAAGAAACAUUUGUUAAUUCAUUGGCAGCAUGGGUCAACAUGUUACUCCUGAGCUCUUCUGGCCCUAUCAAGGCUCCUGUCGGUGCAUGCGCCACCUCCGUCGUAUCCCUUGAAGUGGGCGUGGAGACCAUUUUAACUAAGAAGGCUAAAGUAGUCAUUGUGGGCGGAUGCGAUGACUUUCAGGAGUCUGGGUCCUACGAAUUCGCACAAAUGCGAGCCUCAAGUAGCAGUACUGAGGAAUUUAAAAUGGGUAGGACGCCACGUGAGAUGUCGAGGCCAGCCACUAGCUCUCGCGCCGGUUUUAUGGAAGCACAAGGCGCUGGAAAUCAAAUUUUAGUGUCCGCAUCUCUUGCCAUAAAAAUGGGAUUACCCAUUUACGGCAUUAUAGCUCACGUGUGCACAGCAACGGAUAAGGAGGGCCGCUCCCUACCUGCCCCCGGCCAGGGAAUUUUAACGACUGCACGGGAGAUCACCUCGCCAACUUCCCUCGAGCCGAUGCUUCUGAACUUUGCCUACCGCCAGCAGCAGAUACAGGCUCAAAGCGCGAUCAUCGACAAACAACUUCACGAGGCGAUACAGAAAGCAAAGGAAGUUUGUAAAUCGGAUACACUAUCGUAUGAUCUGCACGUAAAUGAGUUACGUAGCGACUCGCAGAGAAAACUGAAGGCCUUGAUUCGCUACUACGGCCACGAAUUUUACCAUAAAGAUCCUCGCAUAUCGCCCUUAAAAGGCGCACUGAGUGUUUACAAUCUGACUGUGGACGAUAUUGGCGUUGUUUCCUUUCAUGGGACAGGCACUAAAGCGAACGACCUCAAUGAGUCUCAAAUUCUGCAAACCAAAAUGGCCCACCUUGGCAGGGAACCCGGCCACGUCUGCCCCGGCGUUUUUCAGAAGUACUUGACUGGCCAUCCCAAGGCUGCUGCGGGUUCCUUCAUGUUGAAUGGUAUUCUGCAAAUCCUGCAAUACAAUAUUAUUCCGGGAAACCGGAAUGCCGACAAUAUUGAUGCUGCUUUUGAAAAUUUUGAUUAUAUACUGUACCCCUCCCGCACACUCUAUCCUGCGCAUAAGAUAAGGGCUGCGCUACUGCAAUGCUUUGGAUUCGGGCAAGUUGGUGGGGAGUCUCUCGUGAUCCAUCCUGAUUACGUCUUGGGAAGUCUGUCUAAAGAGGCCUACGAGGCUUAUCGCUCAAAGAGAAACCAACGUGAAGGACGCGCAUACAAAUAUAUAAACGAUGCUCUCGCGCUCAAGAUCCCCUUUGUGCCUGUAAAGACAGAGCCGCCUUACGAUAAGAAAACGGAAAAGGCCGUUUAUUUGAACCCUCUUCUCCGGGCGAGCUACUCUAAAGAGAAGCGCACGUGGAUCUUUACAGAUGACACGAGUACGGUCGUGGAAAUGCCCGAUACCGAUUUAAAAAUACAGCACAUGACUUCGUUAAAAGUCCGACAACAACUGCUAGAGAGUCUUGCGGAGGGAACCCAGUUGUUUAACGACAAUCGCUUCAAUGCGGCGUUGCCCAGAGGGGUCGGCUUGGAUAUCGAACCUUUAACUUCGUUAAACAUCGAAAAUGCAUUUUUCCUGGAAAGGAACUUUACUGCGCAGGAAAUUGCCUACUGCGGCUCUCAGCCCGAUCCCCACUCAAGCUUUACCGGUCGCUGGUGCGCCAAAGAAGCCGUUGUUAAAGCCGUCAGCAACUUCGAUGUCCAAGCGAAAAACAUCUGGCAGAGCGCGGGGGCUCCCUUGAAGCAAAUAGAAAUACUCCCCGGCCCCUCUGGAAGUCCCUACGUCGUCUGCCACGAGGAAGCGAAGCGCAUUGUAGAGCAGGCGGGCAUCAAGCACUUGCGCGUUUCCAUAAGCCAUUCCGGCGAGUACGCCGCCAGCAUUGCGGUGGUAGAGUGAACUAACCGCAGCAGGGUUCCACUUUAUUAAUAAAAAAUGUACUACUA